AUGUUGAACAAGAGCAUAAUAUCAAGUCUCAACAAGUCGUUGAAGGCCAAACAGAAAAUCAUCAGUAACAGAGAACCUCAUCCUAAGAAUCCAACCUUAAUCUCAGAUAUACUAAACACGUCGCCACAGUCAACCAUUUUCCCCAACAAUAUAUCCUCGACGAAUAAUAGUACUCUUGAUCAGUCUAAUUCCAACAGCAAUGCAGCCCCUGUAGCCACAUUGACUGAGGUAUCUAACGAUAACUCUAACGAUGCGGCCAGUAAACCUCCGCCCUCCAAAGGCAAACAGAAGAAAAUUUCGAAACAGAACUCCACGAGAACAGACUUCUUUGCUGCGAAAUUAGCCAGCGCUGUAGAUGAUGUUGAAAGCAGUGAUAGUGACGAGACAUUUGUCUACGAGAAUAAUAACGAUUUUGAGACCAUGAGCACGACAAUGGCGACUCCAAACGUCGCUAACGAUGCCAGUAGUGUUCAUGGUAGUGUUCUUGCUUCAGCUUUGCAAAUGGGUGGUGCGCCUAGUUUCCAUUCACCUUCAAUAGCAGAAGGACAUACUGGAGGGGAAUCUAUAGCUGUUCAGCCGGUAGAAUCGAUACACUCGACACAUUCUUCUAAGUUGCCGAAGAUUCAGGCUCAUGCGACGUCUAACAGACCUCCCUCUAUAGCCAACUCUUUCACCAGUAACUACUUGGAAAGUGAUAAAAGACCAGCUUACCAAAGGUCCUUCUCGUCUUAUUCACAAGACGAACAUCCUGGUGCGAAGUUACAAGUUCCCUGUGAAAGAUCGUCAAACAACAUAUCUCCAUCUGGAGCAUUGGAUGAAAUCAAUAGCCAGUCUCAUGCGCCGCAAGGGUUGGGAAUUGAAGGCAGGUCUGAUCAUCCAAGUCAAUCAAAUUCCCACGUAGCUCGUAGUAUCAACGAUGGUUAUAACGACGACAACUUCUCGUACAAUGAGGUAGAGGACGUUGAGAUCGACGACGAGAUGUCUACUGAUGGAGAUUUCUAUGCCCAGAGAAAUGCUAGUGCCAAUCCUCAAUUUGGUGGGGUUUCUGGAACUACAAAUAUCACCAAUAACCAAGCGUCACAGACUAAUAAUUCUUUAACGAGCAGAAGUACAUCUAAGAAGAACUACAAGUCUUCAACAUCUUCGUCAAAGUUGAGAUCUACAACGUCAAAGCUUUUUGAUAAAAAGGGUUCUCAACCAAGAAGAUACAGUAUUAUUCCAGAUGACAUUGACAUCGAAGACUUUGAUGAUGAGCUCAUAUACUACGAUAACAACAUCAGAUUCCCUUACAAUAACUCAAAUGUCAAUGAGGCAUCACCUUUAAUGAGUCAAGGCCAUAGGUUGCCCCACUACAGGUCUUUGAACUUGAAUUUUCCAGGCGCCAAAAGGCCUUCGGGUUUGAAAAAAAAGCGGUAUCUUUCCACCGGCCAGUCAUUGAUUCCCGGUGCUGAAAAUUCUGGUGCAAACUCACCAAGCAAUGUCAGUAGUCACAAUGCCGACAUUUUCCCAUUCCCCUACCAAGAACCGCAACAAAAUUAUUACUAUGAUUUUGAUGAAUAUGACGAAGAAUCUCAAAGAAAUGGUUCUAAUGACAAAGACCAAAUUAACAGAAGUAUUUCCAGAGGUACCAAGAACGGACUUUAUAACCACAACCUUACUGCUAGUGAGGGCCAUUUCUUCUUGCCUCGAAAACAAUCCAGUGAAUUCAACUACCAUAGAAUCAACUGUAUCAAAUCAUUUAUCUAUACUUUGGUUAGUAUAUUGGUGAUUUUGGCUAUUGGUUUUGUGAUGGGUUUUGUUCUAGCAACGACAAAAGACUUGACCAAGGUUUCAAUUACAUCUAUCGAGAAUGCCGUAGUCAGUCAAGAUGAACUUGUUUUCAAUAUUGUUGUUGAAGCAUUUAAUCCUGGAUGGUUCACAGUUGAAAUUGAAGAUGUCAAUUUGGAUCUUUUCGCUAAAAGUGGAUACUUACCUGAUGCUUCUGUACAGAGUCUUGAAGAAGGUGGUUUAGAUGAUGAAAUGUCGUCUUUGGCCAAUGGAGUUGAAACGGUUUUACUUGGAACGGUCUACACUCUUGAGUCGCCUAUGAGUUUCAAGGGUGGAUUCUUCAGUCGUGAACUGGUUAUUCAAUCUGGCGAGAUUAAGUUGUUAACGCCAGGCAAGAACCUUACUACAUUGAAUAAUUUUGCAAAGGGCAAAAAGGGACACAAUGGAAACUCCACUGAACCAGAUAAUUCCAAGAAAUGGGAAAUUAUAUCGAAGAACCCAUUUGAUUUGGUUGUCAGAGGGAUAUUGAUGUACACUCUUCCGAUGGGUAAGGAUACCAGGUCUGUGGUGGUUGAUAAAAUUGGAUACAUUGACCCCACCCAGAUCUUUAGUAGUAAUGUAGAGAGUAGCUAG